GGGAGCACUCGCGUCUACCAAUUGCUGCGAGUUGAGAAGAGGUGGUAUCGUAUACUCUUGCCGCUCCUCUACUCCUGCGUUACCAUCACCAAGGCACACUGCGCAUGGGGCGUCAUCACUCACCUUGAAAAAGAUCUCUCUCUCCGAAAACGCAUUCGUUCUAUUUGGCUUCACGCUGGAACAGCGAAAGAGUGGGCGGACAUCGUCUCCUACGCACCAAAUAUCUCUAUGGUGUACCUCAACGCAGAUGUCCUGGAAGCUGGGUCAAAAGAGGAGCAGAAGAAGUUCUGGCUGCACGUCAAUCCAGAAACUGCACAUGUACAUUGUACCCGGAGCGGUUUGCUAUCCCAGGCUCCCCUGGACUCUCGCAUGCGCGAACACUGGACUAAUCUGGCAUGUCAUACAUUCUCAGUAAUACGUGUCAUUUCUGACGUGAGUCUUCAUACUUCCAGCGCAACCUUCACCUCAACGACAGCUUCCCUGAAGUCACUAACGUAGUUUCCUCUCUGCGCGACGCCGUGAACUUGAAGACAAUAGAGGUCAAGACCUAUGAGAGAUCGCUUGUCGAACCUUCAAGUUUCCAGCUCAGGCUCCUAAAAUGGAAACUUCAGGGCAGAGGUAUCACUCUGCUUUCGCGCGACGAUGCAAGGCAUUCAGAGAUGCGCGGCGGUGCAAGACUUACAAGCCGUCAGAUGACCAAUUUGUGCGCCUUCAUGAAGAGGAGCCAAUCCGACCAGGUGCAGUUCUAUACUGGGCCACCGGCAAUAGAGAGCUUCGAGAGUACAGCGGACCUGGAUACAUACCUGUGCUGAGGAUGGUAAGCAUUUUCU